AUGCAGACAUUGAAACCAGCAAAAGAGAUGGUGAAAUUGCAAAGAAAGAAAGACACUUCAAUGGCUGCUGAUUUAAAACUCACUGAUGAAGAGAUCAAGUAUUUGGAGGUGCCAUAUCUUCCAAAGCAAAGGACAGAUCCAAGUCUUUUGUUCUAUGGUUCAGCAAUCUAUGAUUUUUUAUCACCAUUCAAAAGAGCACAGAAUCAAUGGGCUGCAAGAUAUAUUGUGGUGAUAUUUGCAAUCAUAAUCAGAUCAGCAAUAGGGUUUGGUUCGUAUUCGGGUUCCAAUACACCUCCAAUGUAUGGUGAUUUUGAAGCUCAAAGACAUUGGCUAGAGAUUACUCAACAUUUACCUAUUUCAAAAUGGUAUUGGUAUGAUUUAGAAUAUUGGGGAUUAGAUUAUCCACCAUUAACAGCGUAUCAUUCAUGGUUUUUGGGUAAAUUGGGCUCACUAAUUGAUCCUUCAUGGUUUGCACUAGAUGCCUCGAGAGGAAUUGAGAACCAGAAUAUAAAAUCAUUCAUGAGAUUCACUGUGAUUCUCAGUGAAAUCAUCAUUUACACUCCUGCUGUAUUCAGAUUCACAAGAUGGAAUGGUAGACAUAUAAAACAAUCACCAAUUGAUCAAACAAUAGCUGCUUCUAUGAUCUUAUUUCAACCAUCAUUGAUGAUCAUCGACCACGGUCAUUUCCAAUAUAACUCUGUCAUGUUGGGGUUCACUUUGCUCUCAAUCGUUCAUCUAUUUUACGAAAACUACAUGUUGGCGUCCAUGUUCUUUGUCUUUUCAUUGGGAUUCAAACAAAUGUCAUUAUACUAUUCACCAAUAAUAUUUUUCUAUUUGUUGAGCAGAUGUUUCAAUCAUUCCGAUACAAAAGCAUCAUUUAUCAACAGAAUCAAUUAUUUACGUCUAAUACUGAUUGCAAUCUCCACAGUGAUUUCAUUUGUUAUUCUUUUUGGCCCAUUAUUCUUAUUUGGUGAUUUGGAAAACCUUUCACAAUCUAUUCAUAGAAUCUUUCCAUUCGCAAGAGGUAUUUUCGAAGACAAAGUUGCUAACUUUUGGUGUUUUUCAAACAUCUUCAUCAAAUAUCGUCAAUUAUUCACACAACAACAACUGCAACUUGCCUCAUUAGGACUAACACUGCUUGGGUUUCUACCGGCAUGUUUGAUCACUGUGCUGUAUCCACGCAAAUGUUUAUUGCCAUGGUCUUUAAGUGCUUGUUCAAUGUCAUUCUUUUUAUUCAGUUUUCAAGUUCACGAAAAGUCAAUACUAGUUCCAUUAUUGCCAAUUACAUUGUUAUAUUCUACAAAAAACACUGAUGAAAUAGCAAUGGUCUCAUGGAUAAAUAAUAUUGCAUUGUUCAGUAUGUGGCCUUUAUUGAAGAAGGAUGGGCUAACAUUACAGUAUAUGGCUGUUUUCUUAUUAUCCAAUUGGUUGUUUGGUAAUUUAAGUUUUAUUACACCAAAGUUUUUACCAAAUUUUUUGACUCCAGGUCCUUCAAUUUCAUUGAUUGAUGGUGACCUAAAGAAAAGACAUGGUUUACCUUCCAGCUGGUUUUGGAAAUUUGUCAUAUUGAGCUCAUAUAUUGGUAUUUCUUGUGUACAUUUUGUUGACUUUUUCGUUCAACCACCUUCUCAAUAUCCUGAUUUAUGGGUUUUAGCAAAUGUUUCACUAUCAUUUGGCUGUUUUGGUUUGUUCUGGCUAUGGAUAUACUACAAAUUGAUCACCUUGCGUGAUGUAACCCAUUGA